AUGGCUCGUAAGGAUAUAUAUGCUACCGACUACACCAAGUCAAUGUUGCUUUCGCCGAUAGAGGCACAAAUUCUUUCGCAGUACCAACUUUUGGCCGUGCAAUUGAACACAUUAUCAAGUGAGGUCAAACAGCUAAACUCCACCACAAAUCAAAAUAGCCGCCCGUCGGGCAAGAGUUCGUCAUCGGAGGAUGGGGUUGAAGCUACAAAUAGCGGAUCUGCGGAUAAAUUAUUGGAUAAUUUGAGAAAUUUGGAAAUGAAAAUCGGGCUUGUGUAUACGCUCUUCAAGGGAGCGGUGUACUCAUUAUUUUUGCAGUACGAAGAAGACCAGAACUUAAAAAAUGACGAAGAGCAGAGGCGCAAUGACGAUUCGGACGAGGAGCCUCAAAACCACCAUGAAAUCGACGCGAUAGAAGGAGAAAACAACGAUGACAUGGGCGAUCGUAUGGAACUGCAGGAAAAUCACGGUCAUUGA